AUGGAGGAUCCCAGUCUUGACGAUCCUGCAGCGCCUCUGUAUGGUGGGAACGAAGACAACUGGGUGGACGAUACUGGAAUGAUGACGGAGGAGGAGAUGGAGGAGUUUCUUGAGAAUGUUGCACCUGUCUGGGAGACACUAACCAAGCUUCGCACCAUCGCCGUCAAGAUUAAGGCGUCGCCGACUGUGUUGAUGCCUACAUGGAACAGGCUGUUAGCGCAGCUCGCGCUCAAGGCGCGGGUCAUCCCAAUCGACGUCCGCACGCGGUGGAACUCCACACUUACCUUGGUUCAUGCAGCUGUUGAGCUGCGCAUGCCUAUCACCGUUUUCUGUGCGUCGGACGAGGGGAGCGAUGCGCUGGGUGCGUUUGCGCUGACGCCGCGUGAAUGGCUCAUUGCGGAGCAGCUCAUUGACGCUCUGAAGUACUAUGAACUCACCGACUCUGUUGAAACUUACCCCAUCGCUAUGGUUCUCCACCCUGCAUAUAAGCUCGAGUACUUCGAGACGCUGAAGUGGGAGCCGGCCUGGAUCGAGACGGCAAAAGAGCUCGUGCGCAACGAGUUCGACGUCUCCUACAGUGGCAACUCUGAGGAUGACAACAACAACCCAGUGGAGGAACUUCCCAAGGCGAAGCCAGUACGUCACUAUUCGUCCUUUUCACUCCUCAGUGUCGCCCACACGAGACGUUGA